UGGAAGCUGCCCACACUUGACUGCACGUCGGACCGUGACACCUCCUGCGUCUGUCCGCCUCACAGCGAGACCUAGCGGGGCUUAAUCUGCGGCGACAGUCGGUCUAAAACGUUGCUCUCUGAACCAGCGGCACACACCAGACGGGGAGGACUCACACCACGAGAAUGUCGGGAUUCGACAGCAACCCGUUCGCGGAGCCCAGCUUCAACAACCCGCUCCAGGAUCCGUCAGUGACCCAAGCGAGACAGACGGCUCCUGCUGGGUUGGAGGAGUACAACCCCUUCACAGAUGCCAAACCAGCGCCUGCAGGGAUGGCACCCAAGACUGCUGCGCCCACCACCAACACACAACCUGCCAUCAUGAAACCCACAGAGGAGCCUCCGGCCUACUCACAGCCUCAGGCACAGGAGCAGACCCGGGCAGCUGCGGAACUCUUGAGGCGACAGGAGGAGCUGGAACGGAAGGCUGCGGAGCUGGACCGCAGGGAGAGAGAAAUGCAGUCACUCAGUGCUUCAGGAGGCAGGAAAAACAACUGGCCUCCUCUCCCAGAGAAGUUCCCUGCGGGUCCGUGUUUCUACCACGACAUCACCGUGGACAUUCCUGUAGAGUUUCAGAAGACAGUCAAGAUCAUGUACUACCUCUGGAUGUUUCAUACCGGGACGCUGCUCCUCAACAUGUUCGGCUGUCUGGCCUGGUUCUGUGUGGAUACGUCGCAUGGAGUGGACUUUGGCUUGUCCAUCCUCUGGUUCAUGCUCUUCACACCCUGCUCUUUCGUCUGUUGGUACCGACCACUCUAUGGAGCCUUCAGGAGUGACAGCUCUUUCAGAUUUUUCAUUUUCUUCUUCGUGUACAUCUGUCAGUUUGGAAUCUACGUCGUCCAGUGUAUCGGCCUCUCUGGCUGGGGCGCCUGUGGUUGGAUCUCGGCUUUGAUUUGCCUGAAUACCAGCAUCCCAGUGGGUAUUAUCCUGAUCUUCAUCGCUGCUCUCUUUACCUCACUGGCUGUCAUGUCCAUCAUCAUGUUCAAAAAGGUCCAUGGGAUGUACCGCACCACAGACGCCAGCUUCGAGAAGGCCCAGCAGGAGUUUGCCUCCGGCGUCAUGUCCAACAAGACGGUCCAGACGGCCGCCGCUAAUGCCGCCUCCAGGGCCGCGCAGGAAAGCUUCAAGGCGCAGGUCUGAUUGGCCCCAUAGAGCACGCUCAACUCUCCGUCCAACUCUCGCCCAUGCCCCUCCUCUUCUGCUCACAAAUGCAGCCCCCAGCUUCCCUUGAGCCAAGUGGCCUGUUUGAACACAUGGAGAGCCCCCCCAGCCUUCUGACACUGUCAGAGUGGUUCGUGUGAGGGCGCCGCGGUCACCCCAUGAUCUGUGAUCUGAGAGAAAACCACUACUGGGAUGAUUCAAACCGGCUCAUGGCUCCAGCGACAACAUCACGCACCCUCAUCUCUGACUCUGGGAACCCCUCAUCGACGCUGCACUCACACCACUCAACCAGCGGGCUCUACUAUAUUUUUGUAUGUUUGUUGUGUGCGUGUGUGUAUGUGUGUGGCCAACUUAAUGAUUGUUUGUGUGCCUAUAUAAACGUCUGUUAAGCCUUGAGGCCUGUGUGUAGACUGAUUGUAAUGUAGAUUGAACCAAGUCCGACUCUGAAGUUACUCGGGCAUUUCUCAGCCGUCUUUGAAGCUCCGUGUGUUUUCUUUAAUUUAUCAAACUAAUCACUUCUUGCUGUUUUUAAAAUUAAUUUAUUAUCGGACAAAUGGAAGUCGCUCUCUAGCUAUCGGUGAAUGCUCAUGCAGCAGAAAUCUGCGAUUUAUUUUGCUGGGGUACAUAAUUUGUCACUGCUGCCCCCCGGUGGAGGGAUUUUGUAUUGUCAAAGAUGAAUGCUGUGCAUUCCAGUUCACUACCUUGCCUUCUGCUUUCAGUUUGCUUUUGUCAGAAUUGGAUUUUUAGAAGGUCUGUAGUCUAUCUCCUUUUAAAGUGAUACUUCAACUGAAGUCUCAUCUGUUAAGUAUCAAACCCUCACUCCUGCAGGCUGUAGGCAUAAUGGGUGUUUUCUCCGUGCUUGGUUUGUCCACGAUUAUGCUCCAAGUUUCUUAAAUUUGUUUAACCAUCUAAAUUACAACCCAUCAGAGCUCUUACCACCUCUUUCACCUUCCAGCAGUGUUUGAUACUUAAAAGAUGUUUUUAUUUUGGGUGGAAUAUCACUUUAAACUUUGCUCUCCAGUAUCUCUGUUUUCUUUAAAUCUUUUUCCUAUUCUGAUUUUCAUAUCCACAGUGAAAUCACACCGAGUUGCACUUUAAAUCCGGUCAUUAGAUUGUUUAUAAAAAUCGGUGCAAUGAAUUGAUAUUUAUUUCAAUGGCCUCACGCCUUCCUGCAUAUUCGUGUAAUUCAUACGUUCUAACAUGCACCAGCUGAGGUCAGCAUAGUUUCAAAUGGAGCCGACAACACACACUGUUGUGUGUAUAUACAGCUGCAUGUUUAUACAGUCUCUUUGAGAGGAACGUUUCAUUCUUCUCCAGCUUUUCGUGUGUUCUGGAGAUUUACCUCAGUUGUACUCAGGAUGUGCUCUUCACUUGCAUGACAAGGAUACAAGUCAAUUAUACCAGGCCGUACAAAACUAAAGAGACUGACACCUAGAUUUAAAUACAUGUGCUGUAAAUUAACAUGCUGCAAUGAAAAAAAUAUUAAAAAGACCACAAACAUGGUCAGUAAAUUUCAUGUGAUGUUCUGAUUAUUGCUUGCUUAUUAAUAACUGGAAAACUGUGGAUCCACAAUCAAAUGCACAAUCACAUCUCAAGAUUGAGGUUAUUCGUUUAAUUACCAGUUUGUGGUCAUUAAUAAUGUGCAAAUGCAUUUUACCUGCAAAAAUGUAAGUGGAGUUAAGGAACUGGAAAGCAGCUUUUCACCAUGUCUUAUUUCUUUCUGUUGAGUCUUGUGUUAAAGCCAGUUAAGCCUUUUGUGAGUAUGUGAUGUGUAGGAGUGUAAAUAGAGGGACUGUGGAGCCUAAUAUUUGUCAAGGGCAGAGUCCGGAUCCUUCUUCCUGGAGAGGAGCCAUUUUUUUAUUCUAAGUGUCAACUUAUCCUCCAAGGCUGCAACAUGCCUUCUUCACUCUCCACCCCUUUUUGCCUUUUUUAUUUCACAUCGGCUUAAUUUGGACCAGUACAUUUCUUUCUUCCUAAGCACAUGCAUGUACAAAGCAUCAUGAGAUUGUUCCUUAAAGAGAUUCCUGCGGAUUUCUGACUGUAAAAACUUUCUGGCUUAAAAAAAACAAUCGACACGUGAAGAAGGCGACAGGUCGACUUUGCUGGGAACUGUGGGAUGGGACUGUGGCUUUAAACUGUGCUUAUGAUAAACAAGGUUUGCGUUGGAAACGGUGUGAAGAAAAAGAAAAUUUCCACAAGCUUCUCUAAAAUUUUAAUAAAAUGAUUCAGGAUUGUUAUUAUUCAGAAACAUACUACGGGAUGUUUGUAUAUUUUGUCUGAUUUACUGAUGGUUGGCAGUUUGCUCUAAAUUUGUGUGUGAUUUAAACAUGCACUCUGGUUUCUCCUUCAGUCGCAUGUUGAGCAGUUGAGUUUUGUAUAUUUACUGUAUAAGCACUGAAUAAAAGUCUUCUUCUGUAA